UUCUAAUUUUGAAAUUAGAUCGAUGGAAGAGACCUCAGAAAGUCAGAAUGCGCAGAGUGUGUGCGGCAUCGUGCGAGGCGCCUUCCUGAUCGUAGAGUGAAGACGAAACUCACGAUGGAAACGUCAGUCGCGUGCCGGCCACCAAACCAGUCGGAUGUUCCCGUUUGUCCUUCCUAAUGUGGAUUUAAUUCACCGUGAAUUUCCGCGCUCUCUAUUUUUUCUGAAAGGUUAAUCAAGGUCGGCUCGAAUGUUGGAUGUAUUCAAACGAUUGAAAAAAAAUGUUCUUCGCGAUCCAUUGAUUUGAAUAUUAAUAAAGAAAAAAAAAAAGUGAAACUCGAAGAUGUACGAAGAUUGGCUUCGUUCAUGAGAAAGGACAUAGGCACUCGCAUAUAUUCUACGAAGAACUUUGAAUGAUUCCUUUAAAGUGAUCAUCCUAAUAAUUUAUGAAGAAUAUUUCGUGUGAGCCAGACGUGUUAAUACCGAUAGCGAAAGAACGUGGUCGCGAGUAAACGAAGCAUGAUCGGUGGAAAUUCGUCGAUCGCGAAGCUGACAAAUUACUGGUCGGAUCGACAAAGUGGAUCUGAGGUUUCGAUCAUUGAUAACGUUUAAGGAGGACUUGUUUAUCUCUUAACAUUUCUUUGAGAAUCCUGAAGGAUCGAAGAAGAUGCCGAAGAACAGUAUGUGGAGACAAAGGCGAGUAAUCGUUCCUAAGAGAACUAUCGAGCUUAUCGCCCUGGUGGCUAUCUCCUGUACGCUUUUCCUUUUUUUACACACAAGAGAGCUCCACUCGCGUCUUCGAAAAAUGGAGGUACGUUUGCAGCCGGCCGAGGAUGAGCUUUUCUCGGGUAAACAAAUUUCUUCUGAAGGAGUUCAAACGGAAUCUACAUCGAGCGGGAACGAUCAUUAUUCGAGCUUACAGCGCGUUACACAAAAGUACGAAGAAGCAGAUCUUCUCGAUGUCGAUGGGCUGAACAACACAAAGAAAGCUGAUAGAUUGGUGCUUUUCUUUAAUCGUGUACCAAAAGUUGGCUCCCAGACGUUCAUGGAACUAUUAAGAAGGCUUUCCAUGAGGAAUGGCUUUUCUUUCAACAGAGAUCGCGUUCAAAGAGUCGAAACAAUACGUCUCGCCCCGAUCGAACAGCUUCAACUUGCCAGGAUGGUCAGCAGUUACUCGGAACCAUCGGUUUAUGUGAAACACGUGUGCUUCACGAAUUUCACCAAAUUCAAUUUACCGGAACCAAUUUACAUAAACGUAGUUCGAGAUCCAGUGGAGAGGGUUAUAUCUUGGUAUUACUACGUUAGAGCACCCUGGUAUUACGUCGAGAGGAAGCAAAUUUUCCCCGAUUUACCCUUACCCGAUCCGAAUUGGCUAAAGAAAGACUUUGAGACGUGUGUUUUGAAGGGUGACCGCGAGUGUCGCUAUCUGAAAGGAGAAAUACACGAGGGUAUCGGUGAUCAUCGUAGACAGACACUUUUCUUUUGCGGACACAGUGAAAAGUGCACUCCUUUCAACACGGUGGGAGCCUUAGAACGUGCCAAGCUCGCAGUCGAGAAACAUUAUGCGGUCGUUGGUGUCCUUGAAGAUGUGAACACUACCCUUACUGUCCUGGAGAAUUACAUACCUCGAUUUUUCCGAGGUGCCGCUCAAGUCUAUCAUGAUCAAACGAACGCUUUCACAAGCAUCAACCGAAAUUUCUUUAAGCCACCGGUGAGCGAAGAAGUAAAGGAUAUCGUCCGUAGAAAUUUUACCCGCGAGGUCGAAUUUUAUCAAUUCUGCAAGCAACGACUGUACAGACAAUUGAGAGCGUUAAAAUUGACCAACGCUGAUUUCACAAUGAAUAAUCGUUUAUAAGGAAGAGAACAAGACUAUUCUUUCUUUUUGCUCUUGAAAAAUAUUCUCACCGAUGAGGGAUGACAACAGGAUCGAUUUAGUUUCUUUCUUUAUUUUUAAGAAAAGACAAACAAACUCCUGGUAAAUCAGAAAUGAUAUUUACGAAUACCAGCCAUAUACGUAAAUACCUUUUUUUUUCUUUUUAUAAUAUAUAUGUAUAUAACUAUUUUUCUGUUCCGUGAUUAUAUCUCGUUGUCGUUUUACUUACAAUUUGUCUUAUUCGAUUUGUCCAACUUUUCACUCCUCUCGAAUCUCAAAUAUUUUCGAGUCGUGAGUGUAUGGUUGUGCAAAUGUGUGCAUGUGUGUGUGGAACAAGUAAUGCAUAUUUAUUAGAACUUGCCGUAAGAGUUCGUGAAAGGCUUGCUUGAUACCUCGAUUUCCACUAAUACGAUCUCGACGUGAAUUCGCUUAAGAUUUGUUAUCGCAUAAAUCUUAUU